AUGACUGGUCUUUCAACAAGCAAUGGCGUGCCAGAGCCCAAUGAGCGGGACUCCCUAAUCGGCGACUCUCACGGCAAUCCAGCUCAGCGGAAGCCGGAGCGACACUGGACCAACUGGCCGUCCCAUGCUGCGCACUUGACCUGGCAGGUUCUUGUGCGCGACUAUGUCAACAUUCUUCUUGUUUUCGUCCCAUUGGGUAUCAUUUCCGGUGCUCUCAAGUGGGAUAGCGUAACUGUCUUCGUCCUGAACUUCUUCGCCAUCGUCCCGCUUGCUUCGCUGCUCAGUUUCGUGACGGAGGAAUUGGCUGCAACCCUAGGCCAGGCACUUGGUGGCCUGAUGAAUGCGACGUUUGGAAAUGCUGUUGAGCUGAUUGUCAGCAUCAUUGCCCUGAAAGAUAACCAGAUCCGCGUUGUCCAAGCCAGUAUGCUUGGAAGCAUCCUAUCCAACAUCCUCCUCGUUCUCGGCUGCUGUUUCUUAGUUGGCGGCCUCCGUUAUCCCGAGCAAACUUUCAAUAGCACAGUCGCAUCCACCAUGUCAUCUCUGAUGACCGUCUCGUCCGCGUCGUUGAUUAUUCCUGCUACCCUCUACGCUUCAUUGACAUCCAGCAACUCCGACAAGACCGACUCGCAGAUCCUAUUCCUGUCUCACUGGACCGCCAUUAUUCUCCUCGUUCUCUACAUCAUAUACCUAUUCUUCCAACUCAAGUCGCACUCGCAACUUUUCGAAGAAGUAAACCAUGAGACAUCUGGAGAUCCCGAAGCCGCAGGAGAUAGCGUCCCGGAGCACGAAGAGGAACAAUUGCUUAACCCGUGGGCCGCCAGCGUUGCCUUAGUGAUUGUGACGAUUCUUGUUGCCAUCUGCGCCGACUACUUGGUUGGAAGCAUUGAUAGCAUUGUGGAAAAGACCGGAAUGACCCGGACUUUCAUUGGUCUUAUUCUAAUCCCCAUCGUCGGAAAUGCGGCGGAGCAUGUAACUGCAGUUGUGGUCGCCUGGAAGGGCAAGAUGGAUCUUGCUAUUGGCGUUGCUAUCGGAAGCAGUCUCCAGAUUGCUCUGUUCGUGACUCCUUUCCUCGUCAUCUUGGGCUGGAUCAUGAAUGUCGAAAUGACCCUGCACUUCCAUAUUUUCGAAACCGUGGCCUUCUUUAUCUCAGGCCUGGUCGUGACUUUCCUCAUUCAAGACGGCAAGUCGAACUACCUUGAAGGCUGCCUGUGCUUGGGAAUGUACUUGAUCUUAGCACUUGCCUUCUGGGUGUACCCGGACGCCCCGAACGAUAGCGCUCUCUUCCACACUUAA